GCGGAUUUUGUCGCGCAGCCAUGGCCGCAGGACGGUCGGACCUCAUCUGUUCGAGGCCGGAGUCAGGCCAGCUCAGCUCUGUAACACCGUACUCGCCCCUCACUGAGGGCCUCAGGAUGGGUCCUCCUCCAUGCACCCAAAGCAGUGCCAGUGAAACCCUGGCUGGAGUUUGCAGGGCCCCUGAACUCCAAGAAGAUACUGGGGCUUGGAGAAUGGGACCAUGUUGCCAUUUGGGUCCUCAGAGCAGCAACCUAGGGCAGAACCCAGGGAGGAGGGUUGCCCAGCACAGGGGGCCUCCACAGGGGUUUGAGAACCUUAGGAUUACUAGCUUGGGGGUUUGCCUGAGUCCCCGUUCUGUGGGUUUGCUCAGGUUGCUGCAACGGGGAGGCUUGGCAGGUCGGCUCUACCAGAGUCGCAGGCACCGGGGGAAAGACCAACGCCUUUUUUGCAGAGUCUCAUCUGUGAGCUGUUACAGGUGCAAGUUGGGAAAGGGUUAGCGGGAUGGUGAGAGUUAGCUGGGGUUAGAUGGCCCUGCAGAGCAGUUUUGCGGCCCUCGGCCCCGAGCAAUUCUCCAUUCGGAUGGAGGAUGCUCCUCUGGCCAUGGCCAGGCAUGGAUACCCCAUGGGUGUCCAAAGAGAACAGUACGGGUUUCUUGGCAGUCAGUUACAAUCACCAGUUCAACAUCAAUUGGGGCUGCAAACGCACGGACUAGCUCCUGGGCAAUCCAGGGAUCUUGGAAAUGGCCUCAGAUAUCCGGAAGGGUCUGCAUCGGUUCAUCAACACAGCUCACAUCGACAAGGAGGCUAUGAGAAGCUGUUUGAUCUGGAGGGUUUGCUGCAAACCCGCGUUCUGGAGCCAGGUCCCGGUCAAGCAAGGAAGGAUGAUGCCAGUGAGGAAGAAGACGUACCAAUUGGGAGAGGUCUGAAGCGGGCGAAGCCCUCAAACCCUGGGUUGAGCCAAGACGGGUAUCAGGAGAUGGUCCGGAGGCACCUGGAGAGUCGCAAGAGGCUUAAAUUGAUGCAGGAAGGAUUGGAGGGCAUGGAGGAUCUGACUGUGAAAGCCAACGGGGGUUUGGUAGUGGACUUGGAGCAGAUGCCAGGGCCAGUGGUGGAGGUCAAGAGGUCGACGGAGAAGCAGAAGAAAGGGAAAGCCAGAAAAGUUUCUGAGGAUGGUGCAAAAGCUGGGUCUGGCCCGCUUGAAAACGGUGCGCAAGCUGGUGCUGCAGCGGCAUCCAAGGAAGGCUCGCCACCUGGCGCGAAGGUUGCGGAGGGGGCGCCCCCAGAGAGGAAGAAGCGGAAGUAUGUACGGAAGCAAAAGCCUGUGGUGCCGGUUGAGGUAGUUGCGAAGGAGGAGAACAUCGAGAAGGAGAGCAAUGAAGGCGGGACCGAGAGCAGCAAGGGGGCUGGGAACGCGAAGCAGGAAGUGGUUCCGGGAGGCCCCCGGGCGGUGCAGGAAACCGAACAGGUGGCAGUGCCUGAGCGGAAGGCGAGCAGUCCCUCAGAAGCGGGGCCACCGCCUGCUGCAAUCAAGCCAUCCCCGCCCAAAAUGCAAGUUGUGACGGUAAAACCAGAACCGAAGCACGAUCCCUUGGCCAAAAUCACAGAGGAGAGCGCUGGGGUUUUGGACCUGGGGUGGGGUGUCCACUUCGUCAUCCCCCCUUACUACGAUGACCUCGCGCCGACGCUAGGCCUCCCGACUUUUAAUAUGGUCCAAAUCGACGAGAAGCUGCUCUCUGGGGGGAUGAGGUCAGCGCAUCUGGCGGCGUUAGUGAGGGAGGAGACGGCACGGCGGGCCGCCAGGAGAGAAGCGCUCGAAAGAGCUGAGGCGGAGAACUUGGCUCGGGAUCGGACGGCAACUCCGACGCCAUCUGGUAAGGGGGGCCGGGUGCCGGACGGUCAGCGGUGCUCCGUGUGCCGGAGUGUGAAAAAGGGCGGCUGCGGGAGUGUGAAUGCGCACCCGCGCUGCAAGAAGCGGGCGAUGGAGGGCUUCCCGUUCCUUGGCGAGGAGCAGGAAGCGCCCGCCGAGGUUUUCAACGGUUUAGGGGGGGUGAGCCAGGGGGUGAGCCAGGGCCUUCAGGGGGAUCCCUCGUUCUUGGCGCGGGCAGGGGCAUUGCACCUCCUGCAAACGGCGCACGCCCAAGCGAUGAUGGGCCAGCUGCAAGGGGUGUUCACACCCGAACAGCUGGCAGUGCUGGCGCAGACGGGGCCGGGGGGGCUGGAUGCGCUGAGGAGGCAGGCUGAGCUGGCGGCGUUGGCACUGGCAUGGCAGGCGCUUCCGCAGGGGGCGCUGCAGACAGGGGUGGUUGGGGCGAAGUUACAACCCCCCUCAAGGACGCAGUCACCUCAAAUCGACCCGGCCUCUGCCUCCAAGAGCGAGAAGCUUCGUCUGACGCUGAAGCUGGCAAAGGACCCCAUUAUCAAAGAGAAAGAAGAUACCGCACGCGUGAAGCGCCUCUGGCAGCAGAUGGCGCGUCGGGACAUACCAAAGCAGCACCGGGCAUUCACAGCCGGUCUGAAAAAGCAGACAGCUGAGGCGAAGCGGGUGGCAGAGCUGUGCCAGCGGGAGGUCAAGGGUCGCUGCAUGCGGUCGCAGAAGCUGGCGCGAUUGGCUGGCCAGCGCACGCGCAGGAUGGCCCGCGACAUGGUGCUGUUCUGGAAGAAGAUGGACAAGGAGGCAGCGGAGCAGAAGAAGCUAGAGGAGCGCGAAGCGGCAGCCGCCCUGCGCCGCGAGGAAGAGAUGCGCGAGGCCCGGCGUCAGCAGCAGCGCCUCAACUUCCUGCUCACGCAGACCGAGCUCUACAGCCAUUUCAUGCGCAACCAGGGGGGUCCCCAGACUGGCGCGCCAUCCCUGGAGCGCACCCCCUCGGUGGGAACGUCGCUGGAGGAUGCUGAGGAAAACAAAAAGUUGCAGGAAGAGGCGGCGCAGGCGGCGCAAGCACUGGCGGCGGCAUCCCAGGACAGGACCAGUGCGUUCGACAGCGAAGUCCACCGCCUACGGCAGCAGUCCGCCGACGGUUCUGCCGGCGGCGCUGUCCCCGGCCCUGAUUCCGAGAACAUCGACCUGCUCAACCCGUCCACAAUGCCGGAAAUGUCCACCGUUCUCCAGCCACGUAUGUUCCUGGGGAAGCUUAAAGAGUACCAGCUCAAGGGCAUGCAGUGGCUGGUCAACCUGUACGAACAAGGGUUGAACGGAAUCCUAGCGGACGAGAUGGGCCUUGGGAAGACGAUCCAGGCAAUGUCGUUUCUGGGGCAUUUGGCGGAGGAGAAGGGGAUCUGGGGCCCGUUCAUCGUGGUGUCUCCGGCCUCGACGUUGCCGAACUGGGUGGAUGAGCUGGCGCGCUUUUGUCCGGAGCUCAAAGUGCUGCCGUACUGGGGGGGCGCUACGGAGCGUGCGGUCCUGCGCAAGAACCUGAACCCAAAGCGGCUGUACCGCAAGGAGAGCGCGUUCCACGUGUGCGUCACGAGCUACCAGCUGAUCGUGGCCGACGAGAAGUACCUGAAGAAGGUCAAGUGGCAGUACAUGGUGCUCGACGAGGCGCAGGCCAUCAAAAGCGCGUCCAGCCAGCGGUGGAAGUCCAUGCUCGGGUUCAACUGCCGCAACCGACUGCUGCUCACGGGCACGCCCAUCCAGAACAACAUGGCGGAGCUGUGGGCCCUGCUCCACUUCAUCAUGCCGACUCUCUUCGACAGCCACGAGCAAUUCAACGAGUGGUUUAGCAAAGGGAUUGAGGGACACGCGGAGGGUGUCGGGCAGCUGAAUGAGCACCAGCUGACGCGCCUGCACGCGGUGCUGAAGCCGUUCAUGCUGCGGCGGGUGAAGAAGGACGUCGAGAGCGAGAUGACCGGCAAGAAGGAGGUGACUAUCCCGUGCCCCCUCUCAGGCCGCCAGCAGGCGCUGUACCGCGCGAUCAAGAACAACGUCUCGAUCGCAGACCUACUGGACGGGAGCGCCUCGGACAAGCAGAUGCUGCGGCUCAUGAAUAUCGUCAUCCAGCUACGGAAGGUCUGCAACCACCCGGAGUUGUUCGAGCGAAACGAAGCGCGGCUCUCGUACACGUUCUGCGUGCCCCCCCUCCCGCUGCAACCGGCCCCGUUUGGCGAGCCGGACUGGAUCGCCUUUCCAGGUUGCCGCAACCCUGUUACAUAUCAGAUCCCGAAGCUCCUGUACAGAGAGGCCACGCCCUGCCUUCCCCCCUUUGCUUCCGGCACCCCCCCGGAAGCCCGCUCCAAAUGGCUCCACCACCGCCUGUCCAUCUUCGCCCCCGACAACAUCCACCGCUCCAUCUUCCCUGAUUCUUCGGACCCCCCCUCCACUUCGGACGCUGCCCCCGUUUCGGGGGUGUGCUUCGGGUUCACCCGGCUGCUGGGGCUGUCCCCCCAGGAGGUGUCGUUCCUGGCGGGAGCCACGGUAGUUGAGCGGUGGGCGUUUCACCAGCUGAGGGAAGCAGCGCGGGUCCGGCGACGGCAGAUCGACGAGGUGUUCCGGGAAGGACAGGAGGACCCCCGCACCCGGUCUGUCCUCAAUCUCCUGAACCUUCCCCUGCGCGGCUCCUCCCCGGCGCUCCUGACCCCGCACUACACCGGGCUCCCCUCCAACCCGCUCGAAAGUCUAGUUACUCCCGCCGCCCACCGCCUCCUAGACAACGUCCGCUUGUUACGCUCCGUCGCUGACAUCAUCCCGCCCGCGCAAGCCCCUCCAAUUGGCUCCUUCUGCCCCGACCGCAGCUACGCUUACCAGCAGCAGCAGAUUCUAUUCGAGCCUCGGACAGUUCGGGCGCUCUGUGGGCGCGCGAGGACGUCCGAGAAUGGGGGCCCGUCAGUGCCUGUGGGGAGCUCUCCGGGUUUCGUGGACGAGGGAUCCCCCGAACCGCCGCUGAUGGCGCCGCUGAUGCGCGUGUUUGGGGCGAGCCUGCCGAUGCAGGCAAUGGACUUUUCCAAGAUGCUCACGGACUCCGGCAAGCUGCAGGCGCUGGACGGAUUGCUGCGGCGGUUGCGGCGCGAGGGCCACCGCGUGCUCAUCUUUGCGCAGAUGACGAGCAUGAUGAACAUCUUGGAGGACUACCUCAACUUCCGCAAGUUCAAGUACCUGCGCCUCGACGGGUCGUCCAGCAUCGUCGACCGGCGCGACAUGGUCAACGACUUCCAGACCAGGCCGGACAUCUUCGUGUUCUUGCUGAGCACCCGGGCUGGGGGCCUGGGCAUCAACCUGACGGCGGCCGACACGGUCAUCUUCUACGAGAGCGACUGGAAUCCAACCAUGGACCUGCAGGCCAUGGACCGAGCGCAUCGCCUGGGUCAGACCAAAGAGGUCACGGUGUACCGCAUGAUAUGCAACGGCACGGUGGAGGAGAAGAUCGUGAAGCGCGCCAACCAGAAGAGCACGGUCCAGCAGCUGGUGAUGACGGGGCAGCAGGCGCAGCCGGACGUGUUCCAACCGGAAGAGGUCAUGUCGCUGCUGCUGGACGAUGCGGAGCUGGAGCAGCAGCUCAAAGCGCAGGCGGGCAGGCAGCCGGCCAAUGCCCAGAAGAAGCGCAAGUCCAGCGGGGCCCGCGGCGUGCGCAUGCUGGACAACGGCAGUGACGUGGCAGUCGCCGACAGCGCCGAAGUGCCCCGGGAGAACACCCCGGGCACCAGCGGGGGCAAAGCUGACGUUGCAUCCGUCGGGGGUGACGUCACCAGCAUUUCCCCGGAGCCAAACCCAAAGAGAAGGAAAGGGUCGGAAAGGACGAAGCCUCCGAGGCCCCCCAGAGCGCCGAAAGCGCGCGUGAGGGGGCCGCCGUCGCAAAAGAAGGGGAACUCGUUCGUCAAGCAGGGGAGUGCCGCCUUCGUAGAGGCGCCUCCCGAGGAUCUCGCUAGUGUUCCCAUGCCAACCACGGCGGUGCAAAAAGGAAAGGUUGAAAGGGUGGCGGGGGCGGGGAUUCGAUUGAAAAUACGGCCCCCUUCGGCGUUGGGUAGUAGAGGCGAUGAGUUGGCAGUGCCUCCGACCGAUGCCGAAGUUGGGGGUGGUGUGGGGCAACUAGGGGCGGGUGCGGGGCAGGUCUCGAGCCCGCUGAUAAAACCGCACAUGAAGAGGCAGAGAAGCAAAAAGCGAAAAUAAAGACUAUGCUUCAGUUGAGGAAUUGUACAGAACAUUCUUGA